GGGCGAGGCGGUACUCCGGCGCCGCCUAUUCGCGUCGAGGAUGCACAAUCUAGACCGCCGUAACAUCUGCUUCAAGAUCCCGUUCAUGCCUCUGUGCGCGCGAACGCACCAUCUCGCAACUAUCGUCGACCAUGAAGGAUGAGGCUCCCAUUCACAUCGAGAAUGCAUCGGGGUCGGGGUCAGCAGAAGGUUCCCUUGAGGGAGCAGUGCCUCUGGCUGGCGUUCUACGCCCCCGUUUGAGCAAGUUAAAUAUGGUUGGCUUCAGCUUCGCUAUUCUCAACACCUGGAUCUGUCUGGCAGCAACAAUAGGCAUCGUGAUGCCCUCUGGGGGCUCCGUCGCUUUCAUUUAUGGAUUUGUCUUCUGUACUUUGUGUAACAUCGCCAUUACAGCGAGCCUUGGAGAAAUGGCAUCUAUUUGGCCAACAGCAGGCGGCCAAUAUCACUUCACAUAUUCAUUGUCCUCCCAAAAGUGGAAAGUGAUAACCAGCUUCUGCUGCGGCUGGGCGAACAUAGCCGGAUGGCUCACUCUCGUCACGACAGAGGCCUUCUUCGCUGCACAGUUCCUUUCAGCAGCCGCAGUCAUUGGUUCCGGUGGCAGCUAUGUGAUUGAACCAUGGAAGACUUAUUUGAUCAUGGUUGCUGUAUCCACCUACGGCACGUUGGUCAAUCUCUUUGGUAACUCCAUUUUAGGGCGCUAUAAUGACUGCGCGCUGUACUGGUCUGUCGGUGGAUGUGCCGUCAUAUCAGUCGUUCUCCUAGCUUGCACCGGCUCCCACAACGACUUCACGGGCGCUGAGUUCGUGUUCACUUCGUUCGCGAACGAGACGGGAUACAGCGACGGCGUAAGUUGGAUCCUCGGACUACUUCAGUCGGCACUCUCGUUGAUUGGUUACGACGUUGUUCUACACAUGACGGAAGAAAUGCCGACUCCAAGGAUAGACGCUCCAUUGGCGAUGAUCAUGGCUGUUGUUGUGGGUGGUGUCACAGGCACUGGAUUCAUCCUCGUGAUGCUCUUUUGCCUUUUUGACCCAAGUUCCGUUUUUUCUUCCCAGACUGGGCAGCCAAUCACGCAGCUCAUGUACCUUGUAACAAGGAGCCGUGUAGGUACUGUCAUCAUGUCAGUGAUGCUUUCCAUAUGUUUCUUCAAUGGAACGAUGGGCUGUAUGACGUCCGCUUCUCGGCUCCUUUAUGCGAUGGCCCGAGAUAAAGGGAUGAUAUUUCCAUCAUUCUUCGGUCGCAUUCACCGACGCCUCGAUGUGCCGAUCGAAUGUAUCAUCUUUGUUCAAGUUUUCAAUCUGAUCUUCGGACUCCUAUAUCUCGGCCCAACGGUCGCUUUCAACGCGUAUAUCUCCAGCUGCACGAUCCUCUUGAAUCUAUCCUAUGUGAUCCCUAUCACGGUAAUUGUGGCCCGAGGCCGUUCUGUCCUCACUCAGUACCAAACAGAUGAGACACCGUUCAAACUCGGCAAAUGGGGAUGGCUGUGUAAUAUCGUUUCCGUCAUCUACGUCUUCGUGACCAACGUGUUCUUUUGCUUCCCAGCAGCGAUACCGGUGAACACUAAUAACAUGAACUACGUCAGUGCAGUUAUCGGCGUAUUCGUGAUUCUCCUCGGCGCAUAUUAUAUUUUCUAUGGAAAACAAUUUACUGGACCAGUAAGCAGAGAUACAUCACAUUUGAAGUGUUACUGA